UCUAGAGGGGCGUGGUGUACACUAGUGGUACUUGGUGAGGACUGUCCCUUGGCCAGAGAGAACAAGAAGCUAGCAGCCUCAUUCAUUACUGCAUCCAUCUACUGCUAGUAACUACUGGUAUUCAAUGAGUACUCCAGACACACCCACCACUCCAGACACACCCACCACACGGGACCACUACACGGAGGAGACGGAGGAGACCAUGUUCACUCUGAGUGGAGAGAUUGGUACCCCGGACGAGGAACAGAGCGAUGUUAGUGAGAGUGACGAGGACGAUGAUGAUGUUCCUGAAUUGCCUCCAGCAGCACGCAGUCAGAGUCCGGACGACUAUAUAGUGUACGGGACCACACCCCCUAGAUCAGGAAGGUUUGAGAAGAUGGCCAACAAGACACACAAGUACAAAACCUCCAAAAAACUGUCCCCUGGUCCUGUCGUCGUGAAGGCUGCUCAGGGGUACGACUUAAAGCCCCCCAGAGCGGCAAUGUUCCCAAUGAAACCCCCCAAACUAAAGAAAGUGGUCUCUCCCACACACUCAACCCUGGACGAUGAUCAGAAGGUCAAGAAAAGAAGACGAAAACAAUUACGAAAGCAAGAAAGAGACUCAAAAUCAUCGCUACAUGAAGAGACACUUUCUCCAAACCCCAAAAUCGUCCACACUUCACCAGUGGAUAUGGUUGAUUAUACUCCCUCUAGUGACAAUGACCUCCUCACUGCCAGCCUACAGACUACUCUGCUCAUGUCUUGGAGGGAAAGCACUAAUUCCCUCAAGGCUGAGUCAUCACGACCGCGCAGAGUGCAGUCUGACUUCUCCAUCACCUCUCAAGCCCUCGAUGAAAGACAGUACUGCCCUCCAGAUCGUAAGAAGUUCUAUCGUAAUUUCAUCAACACCCUCAAACACUCCAAAAUCAGUCACAUGACCCGCCCACACAACGAAACAAUUCCAAUGAACCCUGUACUCCACAUACCAAGAAUGAGAUCUGAAAACUUUGCAAUCGAGAAUCCUUUUGGAGACGUAUGGGAACGUAUCUGGGUGGAACUAAAGGCCUAUCUCAGUGACAAAGAUCCUGAAGUAUAUGAAGAGUGGAAAUUCUAUGAAUCUCACCAUAUAGAAGGGGUGCUGCGUCAUGUGAUAGUCUUCAGAAUGCCGACUAUAGACCCUAUACUCAGUCUCAACUCAGCCUUCCUAGGAGUGGAGGAUGAACCUCAGAAGUGCCGCUCCAACAAACAAGUGUCCUUCUGUGAAGAGGUCACCAGAGGUCAAGAUGACCCAACCCCCCUAGACUGUAGUCUGAGUCCGCAAGACUCUGUCUCGAGUGAGGAUUCAAACACUGUCAAGUAUGAACUUUGUGAUUUCCUGUCUCAGCAGCAACUGGCCACCAGACGUCACGUCUGUGGACUGUUACAAGAUCUCGAGGAUAUUGAAAAUCUGUUUCUAAGCAGGAGAAAAAUGGGGGACGAAUACGCUAACUAUCGGACACUCAACUUUCGUCGCCGUGUGAGUGCGUUGGUACUGUGGCAGAAGGUGACUUGUGGUCUAGCCAACAAGCUGUGUAGUCUGUCAACAUGGCUAGGGGUACAAGUGGAGCUGAGGGACGUAUGCAACACUGCCGACCAACCAGAUUUUGACAUUAUUCACCACCCUCUGACUAACAACGAGGCUGAGGUAUCAGGUAUCCUAGUAACCAGUCCGAAAAGUUCGUCCAAUCGAAGAGCUCGCUUCUCCUUCCAUUCUCAGUCGAGCGAUGAUGAUCAGAACCACCUCACCCAUCAAUACUCCACCGGACGUUCUACCAACUCUACAUCAACGCUGCAGCGAUUGUUCAGUAACUACCAGUCAGUGCUUGAGAACCAAGGUCCCUACAGGGAGUUCGUCAACAGAGGACUUAAGAAAAAGGGUCUCAACUACUUCAUGAAAUCUCUAUUGGACUAUAUUCGUCCGUCACUGUUUCUGUCCCAAUAUGCCCUGUGCCCACCCAUCGAGCCAGCAGAGGAGGAACCCUCAGAGCAGCACCCACGUCCAAACUUCAGGAGGUACAUGAACCCUGCCCUCUUUGAAGCUGCAGCAAAAGAGGAGCCACCACAGUUUGAGCGGACCACUAGCACUGGGCCUGAGAACUGGAUCCAAGAGUUCCAGCUGAUGGGACUGCCCCUCUUCACGACACAGUAUAUACAGCUGGUUCAUGUGCCUCUGGAUGUGAUGCACGAGUGCCUUAAACUACAGCUAGAGCUGAGACUUCCACAGAAACCAUCUCUUCACAGCGUGAGACAGCUGGUGCGUGAGUGCAGAGAUACUCUGGAGCAGGCCAUAGAGAUACGCAAGUUCUACCGAGAGAGAAUAGAGCUGGUAACCCGUAACAAUCCCUGCAAACUAGCGCAAGUGGAGGCGGAUAUUGAGGGAUUUGAGACGGACCUCAAGUGUUUGCUGGAGGUGUACUUUGACUACCUAGCCGAGUGGGCGCAAGUGUCCAGUGGUCAUAUCCUUGAGGAAGAGUGGAGACAUGUCAAGAACAUCUGCUCUGGUAUUCGUGGAGGAGAGGCGGAGGCAGGGCAGCGCUUUUGUGAUAUGGCCUCCCAUCUCCUUGAGUCCACGGGGGAUGUACUGGGCACAAGAAUGGACGAGUGUUGUCGGAUAUUACACAAGCAUGGUGACCAACCAGAGCGACGGAGGGUGGCUAUUGCUGAAUCUUGUCGGAGCUUCAAGGAACUGUUUGUUGAGAUCAGGGAGAGAGCCUCUAAAGCACUCGGCUUUGCCAAGAUGCUGCGGAAGGACUUGGAGAUAGCUGCUGACUUCAGCAUUCUAACGCUCACUCCUCAGCUCCUCCAGGCCCUGCAAGCAUCCGAUCAUGUACAGGUCAAACUACCGAAUGCCAAGCUUGAUAAGAUGCUCUUUGUCACCGAGCCCACCUCCAAUGCUCCAGAUGAGAUCCAUGAGCUGCUCAACGUGAGCUUCACUGUGGGCACUCCUCAUAAGACACCGUUUGGGAACAGUGAUGCUUACCUGCUGUUGGUCAAUGUUGACGUGGCUACUUCCCAGUCCUCGUGGAAUGGUCGUACCAUCGAGGUGACUGCCUCGGCUGAGACCACCAGUGCCAUCUCUGAGAUACUAGUUGAGAGUCUGAAGAUGAUUGUGUGCAACUCUGCUAACUUGAGCGAUUGCCGCAACUCUUUCCUGAAUGCCGUGGGAACGGCCGUGAGAUUGACCAAUGAGCAGACAUCUAGUCACGAGAACGUUACUGAGCGACUUGUUGACCUCAAGAUGGCGGCAUGUGUACUGGGGUCUAGUCUGAUGGACACAGCCCUACAAGUGAUGGAACACCUCGGUAUAGAGUACACGCCCACUGGGGAUGACCUCACUAAACCCUACCAGGCCACAAUGCAUUCUUGCUUCAAUCUCGGCUUUGAGUACGUGCGAGAGGUGUUUCGUCUUCUUGGUGACGACAUGGCCUACUCUAACCUCGGAGUGAAGGCGCUGGAUUACGCUGGAGUGUGGAUGAGGUUCGUACUCGAGAAAUGCGAUAGGGGGCGUGGCACUAAACCAAGGUGGGCGUCCAUGGGGCUGGAGUUCAUGACCAUAGCGUGUGCCCCCCGGACACUGGCCACCAUCUCUCAGACACGGUUCGAAUCUCUCAAGAAGGUCAUCGAUCGUUGUGUGGACCACAUCGUCGGGGAAGCCCCCACCCCCAUACGGAAAGAUACACCUGUUCGUUCUGCCGUACGACACAAGAGGUCGUGGAGGUCACCCCGACUCACCACCAGGGCCUAUUCUGAGACCACCAUGCUCAGGUCCAUUCCUGAUGAGGAUGAUGACCAGCUGAGGCAUGCCCCCCACAGGGGGACUCCCCCUAGAAGUACCCUCAAUACCUCCCACAGACUGGGCCCCCCUGGAGGUACCCCCGUGGAUGUGGAGCAGGGCAUCAUCAGAGUGGAGAGAGAGACUGGAGUCAACAGAGGAGACGAUCCCCUGGGAACAGGCCUCCUACUGUCCAUCCCCGUUCUCUCGGAGGCACUCAGACCCUCCCCUCCAGUCUCCACAGAAUCCAUAGACUCGGUGGACCAUAGCUCGGGAGUGGACAGUCCCCUACACUUGUCCGGGGAUAUUGCAGCUGUCUACAGUUCGUUAGUGACUCCUCCCCCUCGCCUGACGCCUGAGUUGGAUCAACUGGACAGCUCUGCCAGUGCCAGUCGCCUCUAUUCCUCUACACGCUCACUCACUCGCUCAGACAGCACACCCUCUCUACGAGGAGGGGGCAUGGCCAAUGAACGCCUAAAAAAAAUCAGGGCAGGAGUCAAAGUAUUAGACACAGCUAGAGAGGAGAUGCUGCUUCGUGAGAAGGUGAUUGGUCGAGUAAAGGAGCGCCAUUCUCACCCGGACGCUAAGCUAGGUGACCUCAUGGUAGCUAACUACAAGUGGCAGCGAGGCAGGAAGCUAGGGGAGGGACGAUUUGGCAAAGUAUACGAGUGCUGGAACCUGACGUCUGGUGAAAUCAAUGCUGUCAAACAAAUCUCUAUCAAAGAGAAGGACUCUAGCACAGUGCAGACUAUCCUGGAUGAAAUCAAUGUAUUCCAGCGACUUAAACACAAGAAUAUUGUCAAGUUCUAUGGAGUUGAGAUUCACCAUAAUGACCUGUACAUGUUCAUGGAGUAUUGCAACGAGGGCACUCUGUGGAGUAUCGCUCAACAAGGCCUCACUGAGCACAUGAUACGACAGUACACUCGGGACAUCGUGCGAGCAGUCUAUUUCCUGCAUGACCAGGGGAUAGUGCACAGGGACAUCAAAGGUUGCAAUAUAUUCCUGAGUUCCAACGGUUCAAUCAAGUUGGGAGACUUUGGGUUGAGUGUGCAACUGAAGAACUCCCACAAGACCAUGCCCAACGAGAUUAAGAAGCAAGUGGGGACAGUCCCGUACAUGUCACCUGAGGUUGUACUCAAUCAGUCAAUGGGGCGACCUAUGGAUAUCUGGAGUAUAGGCUGCGUUGUCGUGGAGAUGGCAACUGGGAAGCUGCCAUGGUCUGAAUGUGAGAACCAGUUCCAGAUCAUGUACCAGUUGGGCGACGGGAAUACUCCACGUGUUCAUCCCCCUGACGCACUCAGUGAGGAGGGCCACGACUUCCUCAAAAGAUGCUUUAUAUUCAAUUCUGAGGAGCGUUGGAAAGCCAUAUACCUCCUGGACCACCCCUUUGUCAAGGUGGAGGACCUAGAGGAUAUCUGAACUAUUUCUGAACUAUUUCUAAACUGUUUCUAUCAUGUGUGUGUAUGUAUGUCUGUUUAUAUGCAUUGCUAACUUAUUUUGUACAUUUGCCAAAAGAAUUUCAAUAAUGUCAUACAAGUGA